UACACAAAAAGAACGUCAUUCGAAAACAAGAAGACCAACGCAAAACAACAUGUAAAGCGUAUUUGUGUGUACAAUCAUCUACGCGAAAAUAAUAAAAUAAAUACACAAAGAAAGGCCAAAACAGAAAUCAUCAGCAGCAAUACAACAACGCUUCAAUACUGCAAAAACAAUAGCAACAAACAAACUAUUGAACAGAAUAAAAGAGAUUACAGCGUUACAGCAACAAAGAAGAUAAGAGAAGUCCCAGCUUGGGAAAAUGCAAAACCCGCAGAAUUAGUAUCAAAAGAACGAGGCAUUGGUCAUGACAUGAAAACAACGUCGGAUACGAUAGGAGCCAGAGCCAGACCAAUAUAAACAAAAUCCACAAUAAAAUAUUCAUUUCUUUUAUCAUUAUCGACUUUCAACUUUUCCCAGAACUGAGCAAUUCAGUAUCCAGCGAAUAGCAUUGGCCUUUCAAACCACUAGAAGAGCAACAGUAGUUGCAUUCGUUCAGUGGCCUGGAGUGUAGCCAGCCAGCAGCGAGAAGAAUUUGCAUCAAUCUAUUUAAAAUAAAAUGCCUGAAAGAGGAAGCUCUGGCAGCAAUGCUGGUGUCAAUAGCCAGGCAGCAUCAUAUCCAACAUGGAUUGGUUUCAUAUUUGUUUUCAAUUUAAUUGUGGGCACUGGUGCCCUUACCCUGCCGGGAGUGUUCGCCAAAGCAGGAUGGCUGCUAUCAUUGAUUGUGAUUCUGCUGCUGGCUGUUAUCUCGUACAUAACCGUGACAUUUAUCAUUGAGGCAAUGGCCUCAGCAAAUGCUGUAAAAACGUGGCAAAACUUACAGGUUCUUAAACGUAGUUAUGAUUUUGAUUCCCGUGAAGAUGUACGCGGAAAUUCGCUGGCAGUCGAAAGUGAAACCGAUGUUGAAACAGAUGAUCCAACCGCUGCCCUAUUGUCCCAUCAACAACAGGUGGAUGCAUCGGCACGUCUGGAACGUAUGCCCAUAUAUGCACAACAUUCCACAUUGCAAUAUUACACACUGGAUGAGAAAUUCGAAUUGGGUGAAAUGGCAACGUUGUUCUUCAACGAUGUUGGCCGUGUUCUAUUCUAUUUGUGCAUUUCAAUUUAUUUGUAUGGCGAUUUGAGCAUUUAUUCAGCGGCAGUGGCCAAAAGUUUGCGUGAUUUGUUUUGUGAUCAUCCCAAUGCCACCACUCCCUCCAACUACACCAGUCUCGAUUUUGAGCUUGAAUCAUCAUGGAAUUUAUCAGCAGCCAAUAAUGAAACCGACGAAGAUGCCAUUAAGCUAUGCUGGCAAAAUAACACAUUGUCACGCUUAACGGUUUAUCGUUUGUUUCUGGUGGGUUUCAUUUGCCUCUUUGGACCAUUCGCGGCGUUUAGUGUACAAAAGACAAAAUAUUUGCAAAUCAUUACUGUAAUUUUUCGAUGGUGCGCUUUCCUUCUCAUGAUCUCGCUUGCAUUGAAACUGCUCAUUACGGACGGUGCUAAAGGUCAUCCCGUGUCCAUGAAUAUCUAUGGCAUACCUGCUCUGUUUGGUGCUUGUGUCUACUCGUUUAUGUGUCAUCAUUCGUUGCCCAGUCUUUUGGCACCCAUACGUGAUAAGAUGGCCGUGGGUCGUAUUCUGUGUGCCGACUAUUUGGUUAUAUGCUUAUUCUACUUGCUUUUGGCUAUGACGGGAAUAUUUGCAUUUGAUCGUUUGGAAGAUUUAUACACAUUGAAUUUUAUACCCGAUCAAACGGAUGACCAUAGCUUUGCUGCGGAGCUGUUGGUGGGAAUUGAUUACUUUUUGGCCUUGUUUCCGGUCUUUACAUUAUCGGCCAGUUUCCCCAUCAUUGCCAUAACGUUAAGGAAUAAUUUAUUAACUCUAUGUUUGGAUACAAGCCGCAUUGAAUCGUAUAAUUAUUUUGUGCGACGCAUUUUGUUUCCCAUGCUGACGGUGAUACCACCCUUUGCCAUAACAUAUUUUACGGAGAGUCUUACCAGUUUGGUGGCAUUUACUGGAAGUUAUGCUGGUGCUGCCAUCCAAUAUAUAAUACCAAUUGCUUUGGUAUACUAUGCCCGCAAUACAUGCCGUGAAUUGUUGGGCAGUGGUGUGGUAAAUGAUUUCCAUAGUCCAUUCCGUAGUCCAUAUUGGUUGGUGUUUGUUCUGCUCUGGUCCCUGGGCUGUAUUAGUCUGGUGACAUUGAAUUUCUUUUUGGAUGUUUCGUCGGCAUGAAGUAUCCCCCAAGCAAUACAGAGUAGAAACUUUUUAUGAAAGAAAUGUUGUGGGUUUUAGAUGGAAGAUCCAAUAACCGAUUUUUAUAUUUUGAGAACUGUAUAUCCAAGAUUUCUUUCAAUGUAUGACUUUCCCACGAUAAGGCAUUUCUUUAGCUAAAAACGAAAUCGAAUUAUAGUUGCCAACAAUAGCUUAUAACCAAAUUUGUUAUAAACAAAUUUUGUUAUACGGCCAAUAAAAAAUGCCCAAAUACGAAAAUAAUUUUGGCAAAAUUUUCCCAAUAAAAUUUUUAUUCGCAAUUCUGGUACAAAAAAUGUCUUAAAAGGAAAAUUUCCUUCAUGGAGUUAAAGGUGAAGAGUGUUUUGAAAUAAUCUCAUUAUUAUUCUCCCUUCAUUUCUUCAUUAACUCAAAAAAAAAUAUAAAAAUUUUUGAGUCCUAGAAAUUCUAUUUUCUUCUCAGACUCUUCAAUUUCAAAAAAUCGUUCAUUAAAAGCUGUAUUGCCAUGUAAACGUCCUAGGUAUUUUCCAAAAAAAAAAAAAAGAACAAAAAAGAGGUAGGGUGAACAACAACCCAAUUCUCGAUCUCUCAAAUGAAAAUAUUCCAAUACUCAUUUUCAUAGAAUGAGAUAUUUGAGAUAAUCCUUCAUUCUCAUAUCACAAACUUAAAAAAAAAAAAACUUUAAAAACCAAGUCCUAAAUAUCCUAAUAUGGACUACAUUUUACAUAAGACUUCAGCUCUCUCCCACUCUCAAAAAAAGGGAAACUAAAAGUUUUCUUUUACCAAAAACAAAAAAAAACGUCUUCCGUUUUAUGGCAUCUCCGUCGAAAGCUAUAAAGCAAUCGAUUGGUAAGCCAGAAAAACGUUUACACAAGUCCAUGUGCUCAAUCUGAAAAGAAACUGAAAUUUUAUUAUAUAUAUACACACACACAAAUUAUACCCUCCAAUGAUCUGAAAACUAUUAACCAAUAACUUCCUAGAAAGUACAUUUUACCACAAAAAAAAAAAAUGAAAA